UUUACAUGUGACGUGCAAUGUUGAUUAUUGUUUUGGUUGUAGAGCAAGAUGGCUGCCCGCUGGAGUAGUGAGAAUGUGGUGGUCGAAUUCCGAGAUGCACAGGCAACUGCUAUGUCAGUGGAUUGCCUGGGACGCCAUGCAGUUCUGUCAGGACGGCGCUUCCUUUACGUGGUUAACCUUGAGACCCCUUCGGAAGCACCUCGCAAAAUUGGACGCCAGAGCAAGUGGGAUGUGGGCACUGUCCAAUGGAAUCCUCACAAGACAGAAUCCCAUGUCUUUGCUGCUUCUAGUAACCAGCGUGUUGAUCUGUACACAUGGCGUGAUGGGAGUGGGGAGGUCCACACAUCCUUGCAGGGACACACACGAGUCAUCAGUGAUUUAGACUGGUCGUGGUUUGAGCCAGAGUAUCUAGUCACCAGCUCGGUAGACACCUACAUCUAUAUAUGGGACACCAGAGACACACGGAAACCUACAGUAGCACUCUCAGCUGUCGCGGGGGCUUCACAGGUCAAAUGGAACAGGCGGAACCAGCACAUCCUUGCCUCCAGUCAUGACGGAGACGUCAGGAUAUGGGACAAGAGGAAACCCAACACAGCAGUAGAGUAUGUAGCAGCCCACUUGUCUAAGAUCCAUGGUCUAGACUGGCAUCCUGAAAACGAGUACAUCCUAGCCACGUCCAGUCAGGACAACUCUGUACGGUUCUGGGACUACAGACAACCAAGGAAGUACCUCAACAUCUUGUCCUGCCAGGUCCCAGUGUGGAAGGCUAGAUACACUCCCUUCUCCAACGGCUUGGUGACGGUGAUGGUUCCCCAGCUGAGGAGGGAGAACAGUCUGCUGCUCUGGAGUACGUUGGAUCUCAACAGCCCUGUCCACGCCUUCGUAGGACACGACGAUGUGGUGCUGGAGUUCCAGUGGCGCCCGCAAAAGGAGGGGUCUAAGGACUACCAGUUGGUCACAUGGUCCAGAGACCAGACACUUAGGAUAUGGCGUGUGGAUCCACAGCUUCAAAAGCUGUGUUCUAAUGACUUAGUAGACGAGUUGAUGGAGGGGAUGUCUCUGACCUCAGAGUCUGAGAAGAUCUUGUCCCCCCAUGAGCCCCAGCCCAGCUCCGGCCUCGCAAUCGACGACCUGCUGGGUAAAACAAACACACCAACAACAGACCAGGAUGGGGACCUGUCAGGGCCCAGCUCCAGCAGACAGGAAGCCCCAGGUCUUCCCCAGACCCUGCAGCAGGAGUUCUCCCUCGUCAACCUGCAGAUCCGGAACGUCAAUGUUGAGAUGGAUGCUGUCAACCGGAGCUGCAUCGUGUCAGCCCACUUUGGUAGUCACCAGGUCCGUUUGGUGGUCAAGUUUCCAGCCCAAUACCCCAACAAUGCUGCCCCUGCCUUCCAGUUUGUCAGCCCCACCUCCAUCCCCACCGCCAUGAGAACCAAAAUACAGAAGAUCCUGACCGAUACGUCACUCCAGAAGGUGAAGAGGAACCAGAACUGUCUGGAGCCCUGUGUCAGACAGCUGGUGUCCUGCAUGGAGUCUUACAUGACCCAGGAAGAUGGCACAGCCGCCAACCCCUACGUUCUCUCCAACCCUGUGACCCCAACCUUGCCAGCGUUCCCCCGGGUCACAAACACCUAUGGCUCCUACCAGGACGCCAACAUCCCCUUCCCCCGCACCUCGGGGGCACGCUUCUGUGGCACGGGCUGCCUGGUGUACUUCACCAGACCCAUCACCAUGCACCGCUCUGUUCCCCCUACAGAACCCACCCCCAGGUCUCUUUCUGCUCUGUCAGCAUACCACAGUGGGAUCCUGACCCCUAUGAAGAUGAGGACAGAGUCUCAGAGCACCUUGAGGCUUUACAGCGGCAGCCCCACGCGCUCCGACAAGGAGACCGUCUCCAUCUCCUCCUUCUACUACAAGGAGCGGAAGUCACGUCGUUUCAAGACCAAGCGAGAGGGAACAGACUACAGCAACAGGCCCAUCAAGCUGGCAGGGAAGAUCAUCAUCCAGGAGAUCACCUGUCUGCUGCCCGUCCACAAGAUCCUUGGGGAGACAUACAUUCUUAAUGUGAAUGACAUCCAGGAAACAUGCCAGAAGAACGCAGCGGCUGCUCUGAUAGUGGGGCGCAGGGACGUGGCUAAGGUGUGGGCUCUGGCAUCUGCUGCUACUAGUCUGGACCUCAGCCCAGACAUGGACCCUGAUGCUGACACUCCCUGGGCUAGACACCCGUUUGGGCGCCACCUGCUGGAGACUCUUCUGGCCCACUACAGCCAGAUGAGUGAUGUACAAACCCUGGCCAUGCUGUGCAGUGUGUUCAGAACCCAGGGGGUUCCUCAGGACUACUUUUCCCUGUACGGACACCAUCCCUCACGAUCCUCCACGUUCCCUCCCCAUCACUCUCGUUAUCCCAGCUACACGUCCAGCUCUGUGACCUCCGGCUCAUGCUCCAGCACCUCUGAAUCCACCACCACCACCACCUGGAACAUAGCUCGAGACUCUGAACAUGCUGCACCCUGGGGAGAAUCCUCACCUGACGAAUAUCGCUAUGCCAACCAGGUUUACACAGAUCCGCGCGAGCGAGAGAGGGAACAGCAUGACAUGAAUAAAAGGCUCCUGGACCCAGCCAACACCUUGCAGUUUGAUGACUUUAAGAAGUGCUACGGAGAGAUCCUGCACCGCUGGGGGCUGAAAGAAAAGAGGGCCGAUGUGCUCAAAUUUGCCUCCUGCCCUCCAGAGCCUCACAAGGGCAUUGAGUUUGGUGUGUACUGUUGUCACUGUCGUAGCCAGGCCCGUGGCACCCAGUGUGCGGUGUGUAAGCGAUUCACCUUCCAGUGCGCCAUCUGUCACGUGGCGGUCCGCGGCUCCUCCAACUUCUGCUUGAGCUGUGGCCACGGAGGACACACCACCCACAUGAUGGACUGGUUCCGCUCCCAGGAUGAGUGCCCCACAGGCUGCGGCUGCCACUGCCUGCUCCAGAGCACCUUCUGAGAGGAACACACACACACCUACCUCGGGAUACACACACACAAUCACACAAGUAUCCACACAGCGAAAUGCAAGUAAACAUCCAUACAAAUGUGUGUUUGUAUAUUCAGAGGAAUAAGCACAAAUGUGUGCCUGAAACCUACAUGCACAGACAGACAUCUAAGGGAGGAAUGUGAUAAACACUUUUCUGUUCUGUGUUUCCCACACACACUUGCCCAAAAAAGCAAUGCUUGGAUUGAUUUUAACAUAGCAUGCAGUGAGCCUCGAAGGUAUCUUGUGUAAAAUGCGUCGCACUGAAAAUAACUUUCUAGGCAUCUUGUCGGCCCUAUUGAUUGAUUGUUACAGGUGAAAUGUGAAAGUUUUUUUUCUUUCUUUCAGUGGUUGAAAGCAGCUGAAUCAAAAGCCCUUUUCCCAAUAAUGGCUGUUAUCUGAUUGUUUUUCAAAAAUCGGUCUCACCUUUCACUUUUAUGAAAGGCAAUAGUGACUGUUAAAUUAUACAAAAUCAUACAUUACAGCAGAAUAGUGUGCCAUACAUGGGUCAGGCUUUGUUGUUGAAUGUGGAAAUACAUUAAAAACUUUGUACUGCAUGUGCCAUAUGUAAAUACAUAAAUGAUAUGUUU